GAGCUUGUAAAUGAAUGUUAUAGUAUGAACAUUGGGUCCUUAAUCCAUACCAGAAAGCUUCAAGGCAAGAUCUUUAAGUUGGGUUUCGGUCAAGACCAGGACUUCCAGUGUUGGCUCCUUGAUGUUUAUGUUGCUUGUGGAGAUCUAGUUUCUGCUUUGCAGACGUUUGAUGAUUUUCCCUCUAAAAACCUGUCCUCUUGGAAUACAUUGAUAGCUGGUUUUCUUGGGAAAAAAUUGAACAAUCAAGUUUUUAGACUCCUUUCGCGUUUGGUUGCAGAUAAUGUUAUGCCGGAUGAAUGGACAUUGGCUAGUGUUUUGAGGGCCUGCGGUGCUGGCAAAGUCACUUUUCAAUACGUUGAACACAUACAUGCUAAGGUCAUCCAAUACGGUUUUGGUGCAGCUACAGUCGUUUGUAACCCUCUUAUUGACUUGUACUCGAAGAAUGGGUUCAUCAAUUCUGCUAAGCAAAUCUUCCAGAAUAUGUUCUUAAGGGACAGUGUAUCUUGGGUUGCCAUGAUAUCUGGUUUCUCUAACAAUGGGCGUGAAGAAGACAGUAUCAUCCUCUAUAAUGAGAUGCGCAUAUCAGGAAUCAACCCUACUCCAUAUAUUUUCUCAUGUGUUAUAAGUGCAUGCUCCAAGAUAGAGUUUUAUGACCUGGGAUUGCAGCUUCAUGCUCUUGUCUAUAAGUGGGGAUUUGCAUCAGAGGUUUAUGUGUGUAAUGCUCUCGUCACCUUAUAUUCUCGCUUCGGUCACCCGAUGUCUGCUGAACAAAUUUUCAGCAAAAUGCAGCAGAUGGAUAGGGUCUCGUAUAAUUCACUUAUAUCAGGACUUGUUCAACAAGGAAAUAAUGAGAGGUCAGUUGAGUUAUUCAAGAAAAUGCAGAUUGACUCCUUGAAGCCUGACUGUGUUACAAUUUCAAGCCUUUUGAGCGCUUGCGCAUCAAUGGGAGCUCUUCUGAAGGGAAGACAACUGCACUCUUAUGCGCUUAAGGCUGGAAUGUGUUCAGAUAUCAUCAUUGAAGGUUCUCUGCUUGACCUUUAUGUCAAAUGUUCUGAUGUUGAAUCAGCUCAUAGAUUCUUCCUCACAACACAGAAAGAUAAUGUGGUUCUCUGGAAUGUGAUGCUAGUGGCUUAUGGUCUCAGAGGUGAUCUGAACGAGUCCGUUAGGAUUUUUGAACAGAUGCAGAGUCGAGGCCUGCAGCCUAAUCAAUAUACCUACCCAAGUAUCUUGAGAACCUGUACUCUGGUAGGAGCUCUUGACUUAGGGGAGCAAAUUCACAGUCAAGUCAUCAAAACUGGACUUUACCAAAAUGCUUAUGUCUGCAGUGUGCUUAUUGAUAUGUAUACAAAACAUGGAAAUCUGGAUACUGGGCUGAAAAUUCUCAGGCGUCUCACAGAGGAAGAUAUUGUCUCUUGGACAGCAAUGAUUGCUGGAUACACUCAGCAUGAUCUUUUCUUGGAAGCCCUCAAACUUUUCAUAGAAAUGCAAGACUUGGGCAUUCAAUCAGAUAAUAUAGGAUUUGCAAGUGCUCUUAGUGCAUGUGCUGGACUUCAAGCAAUCAAUCAAGGACGACAAAUUCAUGCACAAUCAAUCACCUCUGGCUAUUCCUUGGACCCGUCAAUUAGCAAUGCACUAAUAAGCCUUUAUGCUAGAUGCGGCAAAGUACAGGAUGCGUACUUGGCAUUUGACAAAAAUAAAAAUAAGGAUAACAUCUCAUGGAAUGCAUUGAUAUCAGGCUUUUCACAAAGCAGGCACUGGGAGGAAGCUCUAUACACGUUCUCUAAGAUGAAUCUAGCUGGAGUAGAAUCCAAUAUGUUCACUUAUGGGUCUGUGGUCAGUGCAGCUGCUAAUACAACAAACUUAAAACAAGGGAAGCAGAUUCAUGCUAAAAUCAUAAAAACUGGGUAUAUUGCUGAGAUAGAAGCUUCAAAUGUGUUGAUCACAUUAUAUGCGAAGACCGGGAGCCUUGAUGAUGCCAAAAGAGAGUUUCUUGAAAUGCCUCAGAAAAAUGAAGUUUCCUGGAAUGCCAUGAUCACGGCCUAUUCUCAACAUGGAUGUGCCGCCGAAGCAAUUGAACAGUUUGAGGAAAUGAAACAACUGGAUGUGAGGCCAAAUAACGUUACUUUUAUCGGAGUUUUAUCAGCCUGUAGCCAUGUGGGUUUGGUGGAUGAGGGGCUCAGCUAUUUCAAGUCCAUGAGAGAAAAACAUGAUGUGGUGCCAAAAUCAGAACAUUAUGCUUGUAUUGUAGAUAUUUUAGGACGGGCAGGUCAUUUGUCCCGUGCAAUAGAAUUUGUGGAGACUAUGCCAAUUGAACCAGAUGCAAUGGUCUGGAGAACACUCUUAAGUGCUUGCACAGUUCACAAGAACAUGGAAAUUGGAGAAUUGGCGGCUAAACAUCUUUUGAGAUUAGAGCCAAAUGACUCUGCUACCUAUGUUCUUCUAUCCAAUAUGUAUGCGGUUUCCGGGAAAUGGGUUUAUCGCAAUCAUGCAAGGAAGCUGAUGAAAGACAGAGGUGUAAAGAAAGAGCCUGGUCGUAGCUGGAUUGAAGUUAAAAACUCGUUCCAUGCCUUUUUCGUCGGUGAUCAGCUCCAUCCUCUUGCAGAUCAGAUCUACGCAUUUCUUGAGGAUUUAAAUGUUAGGGUUGCUGCAAUGGGUUACAUACAGGACCGAUAUAGCAUUUGGAAUGACUUGGAGCUUGGUCAAAAAGACCCAACUGCAUUGAUCCACAGCGAAAAGUUGGCUAUUGCCUUUGGACUGCUGAGCUUGUCUGAUUCAAUUCCAUUACGAGUGAUGAAAAACCUUCGGGUCUGUAAUGAUUGCCAUAAUUGGAUUAAGUAUGUUUCAAAGGUAGAAAAUCGGACUAUUGUUGUAAGGGAUACAUACCGGUUCCAUCAUUUUAAGGAUGGUUUUUGUUCAUGCAAAGAUUACUGGUAGCUUGAUAUAUUAGAAAGUUGUGAACACAAGUGGAGAUCAUCAUGCUUCCAGCUCAAGAACCAAAAGUAGGAGAUUGGGAAAUUUUUGCUCCCAAAACCUUUUUCUUGUAAUUAACUAGGAGGACCCUGGUCUUUAUGCGUCCUUUCGUGGAGAUAUGGACAAGCCAAACUGGAAUCAAGUUUUUAGAUGCAGUAGACAUGGGAUGAGAACUCUGUCUGAUUCUGCAGAGCAAAUUAAUUUCAAUAUUAAUCAACUGAAGGAGGUGUUCAAUAAAUCAAUAUCCGUCCAAUAUGAGUUUAUUGGAUCCAAGAUUAAUAGUGCUACAUAUCAUUGAUCGGCGCUGGGAUGGAAGUAACAUAUUUACAUGCCAAACAAGAAGACAAAAGCUUCCCGAGUCUAUUUUUUGGUAUUUCUACCAAAUCUUGGGAAGAAUAUAACCAGCUGUCAGUUUCUUCUCUGCUCGAAUCCUUAGGAUUACUGUUCAAACCAAUAUUACCACAAAUACCACCAAUCAGACAGGAAGCAUGCAAGCCACCAUCCUUCCUCUGUAAGACUGGUUAGACAUCGUAAACUGGAAGCUCUCUUGAAAUAGGGCUGGCCAUUGCCCUCAAUCUAGGCUCACUUGGGGCCGAGCUUGUCAUCAAGUACAUCACUCUGCUCAAGCUCCCUGCUUCAUAGUUUCAUCCACUUUGUCAGCGUCUUCAUCCCCAAGUUUCCCUUAUUGGCAAACACCACCAUCAAAGAGUUUGAAAGCAGGUUCAGCGUCAAUGCAGGGGUUGGCUUCUCAUGAUUCAGGGAGGCUGCCAACAGGAUAAGGCACAGAUGAGGAAUCAUCAUAUGCUUAUCCCCAUCCAUGGGCUGUAGCUUAAUUGGCUCCCAGGUUAGGACAUUUGCUGGCUCUGAGGACAGCCCUAAAGUCCAUGGUGAAGGUACUGGUCAAGGAGCUCAUAGGAUCCAGGAUAAUUGCCUACCGGGGGCCUCCUUAUGCGUGGACUUCCAUUCUAGGGUAACCGGUAGGAAUGGUGAAGAAGCCCUGUAGCUUCUUGGCUGCUGGUGCUGGGGGGUGGGUCAUUGGCCAGAUUAUUCGUAAGAAUGGUGGCAAAUGUCUGGAUUAUGAUGCAAAUGGUGAGAUUAUUCCUAAGAAUGGUGAGAGCCCCCAUUUGUGUGGAUUAUGAUGCAAAUGUCAGAUUCUAAUCAAUG